AUGUCUGCCCACGCCGCUCAGGUGGUCCUAGACCAUAAUUCUCCGCGUACACCAAUAGCUCCGGUCAAGGAACAACCAAAUAGGCUCAGAGGUUUUAUAGCAGGAGUAACUUCCGGCGUCACAAAACUUCUGGUGGGACAUCCGUUUGACACCGUCAAAGUCCGCCUGCAGACAUCGGGAAAAGAUGGAAGAUUUGGUGGUCCAAUAGAUUGCUUGAGACAAACUAUACGGAAGGGCAACGAUCCAACGAUCAAACUCACCAUUCUUCAGCACGCUAUAGCUGGUGCCGGUGCCGGUUGGACCGUAUCAUUUAUUGCUUCACCGAUAGAACAUAUCAAGUCGAGGUUACAAGUUCAAUACGACAGUGCUACAAAAUUGUACAGCGGUCCUAUUGACUGUGCACGUAAACUGAUCAGAAAUAAUGGCAUUCAGGGGCUGUGGAUGGGACUAUCUGGAACUCUUGCUCUUAGAUCUUUUUUCUUCGUCAUGUGGGGAUCAUACGAGGUUGGCUAA